CAAGCACACUGCAUGCAUCGCUAACAGCAAGAUGGCAAUGCAGUUGACUUUAAAGAAGAUAAGGCUUGUUCUCAUCCUCACUCUCCUGCUAGAAAACCCUGUUAUCGAAGCCCAAGUAGCCUUCAGUAGCGAGCAUGACCUUGUGACCCGACCUGCGCUCUCCCGAAGCCAAGGUCACCCAGAAGACCGAGGGACAAAACUUGUAAGUGAGAUCGUGUCGAGAACGGUGACCGAUUACCUUUCGGCUUGUCAUCUUGUGCUUGUGACUUCGAAACCGUCGGCUUUUCCUGCGUCUCUGCUGAGGCGGGACCUAGGAACAGGCUGGGUGACGGUGCAGGCCGAGAGCGCCAUGUCAGGGGCGCCCUCCUCGCAAGUCGCCCUUCUGCAGGGACUCUGGGGCGCGGCCGAUGCGUCCUGCAGAGCGAUUGUGGUUGACUUGACGAAUGAUAAUGAUCGUUCUGUGUUCAGAUUCCUCGAAGCGGCCGGCCUCUCCGAGCGACCCAAGACCCGAGUCCUCAUGCUCGGGCCAGAGAACAGGGCUGCAGCGUCUCUUCUUCACCCUGUACUUAAGAAUAGUGUCUAUGCGGUCUAUUUCUCUACGGUGGAGAGUAAUGCAAAUUCAUCGUGGAUUGAGGUCAUUCGUCGGUGCCUCUACUGCCGAGAGGGUGAGGCCGGCGUAGUGCCACUAGGUCCCUGGCACUCUCGCGAAGCCACGCCCACUGAAGAGGAACUGUUCCCAGACGAAUUUCGCAACUUCUACGGCCACAAAUUUCGCGUUGUAACUCUGCGUUAUUUUCCGUUCAUCGAAUACACGAGAGAGAGUGACGCGCCGGGGACCAAGGUCUCUCCGAGGGACUGUCUCGAUCUCCGCAUUCUUUCUACUCUCGCUUCACGCAACAAUUUCACCUUCGAGAUCCGAGAGCCCCACGACGGCGAGUGGGGAGUCCCGCGCGCCGACACCGGGAAUUGGUCGGGGAGUGUCGGGGCGUUACAGCACGACCUCGCCGACUUCUCCAUGAACCUGACACCGACGCGAGACAGGAUCCGUGUCAUACGGUUCUCUCGCGUCUACGUGUCGGAUCCGUAUGUCCUUGUGUCGGCCAAACCGGGGAUUCUGCCGCCCAUCUUCGCUAUUGUGAGGCCGUUCACAGCUGAUGUAUGGUCCUCCGUUGUUGCCUGUACACUGAUCGCGGGCGUCGUGCUUUGGGCGUUGAUGUGGGCGUGGAAACGUGUGUUUGGUGGGCGUGGCUUCAAGCUGAGUGACGCCCUAAUGUACCCGUGCAGUCUCCUUUUGGAGGACCCACCCACUGAACCACCCGAUGCUACCUCGGCUAGGGUACUACUAGCAUGGUGGCUGAUGGCGUGCGUGGUCAUCGGAACAGCCUACAGGUCAUCUCUGGUCGCUUUCCUGACCGUGGAGGGCAAGACGCCUCCUAUUAACAGCUUCGAUGACCUGGUUAAGCGACCAGGGUGGCGCUGGGGAAUGAAACCAAGCACAGGGUCUUUCUUUGCCUAUUUUAACAGCAGCAAGGACCCUACAACGCAGUUAGUCAAUAAGGGAAUGGAGGUGGACGAUCUCGAGGGUCAGAUGAAGAAAGUCAUGGCGGGUGGCUACUCCUUCGUCAGCACCAAGCUCUACAGCCGCUCCGUCAUCGCCUCCCAGUACACAGACAGCCGGGGUUACACGCCUUUCUACACCGGGACGCGAGAGUAUCAUCACCCGCCGGGAAACAGCUGGGGCGUCAGGCGGGGAGGUCCAUUCCGCGAUUACCUUAGCGCAAAGAAGCUCCAGCUGAUGGAGGCGGGGCUCAUCAACUACUGGCUCGAUGACGUCAUCAGGACCAACGUGAGGGAGACGCGGGCGAAGGAGACGCAGCAGAGGAUCUCCGCGCAGGACCAGAGCGAGGGCCGCGUGGUUCUCGGUCUCCACCACCUACAGGGCGCCUUCUACCUCCUCUUCCUUGGUCACUCGGUCGCCCUCUGCACCCUGCUCCUGGAGGCUUUGACCCAGAGGCUUCCCUUCGCCAGGACCUCCUCUAGGGGCGGAAGGAAGACCCCCGCUCCUUGGAUUGCCUGAAGGAGGAGCAAGAAGGAGUUGAAAUAAGGAGCUGGGAGUUGGGAAAAUUUUUAGAUGAAAGAUGGCGAGGGAUUGAGAAACGGAGAUGAUUUUGAAAUGAGGAAGGCUUUCGAAAAAAAUACUUUUGAGAAAAAGUAAUGGUUUGGAAAUAGUGAAUGAUUUUGAUGAAAGGGAUGACUCUGAAAUGGGAAGUGAUUUAGAAGAGGAU